CACCUCAACCUAUGCAUACACAUGUUAGAUACAUGUGAGAUAGAAUGGCACUCUAUACAUGUGAAACAAGAAAACAAACACAUACCCCAGGAUUCGCAGUAUAUGCUCUAAUGGUUCCAUCCAUCCAACAAAUUUUUUCCCUUUUAAGAACCCUUUUCCAACUCCUUUAUAUAUCACCUCUCUAUCUCUCUCGAUCAAUCGAUCGAUUCAUGUAAUCUCUUGGCACAGCCAUGUCAAUUGGGAUUCCUCUGUUUCUUGUGGUUAGCUUCGUUUUAGCUCAUGGUCAUGGCAAAAGAAUUCCAACGACCCUCGAAGGACCCUUCAAGCCUGUGACGGUUCCACUUGACAACAGCUUCCGUGGAGGGGCAGUAGAUUUGCCGGAAACCGAUCCGCGGGUGCAGAGGACGGUUGUAGGGUUUGAGCCUGAGCAAAUAUCUGUCUCCCUCUCCUCAACUUAUGACUCUGUUUGGAUUUCUUGGAUCACUGGGGAAUACCAAAUUGGCGAUAACAUUAAACCAUUUAACCCUGAUAUGAUUGCAAGUGUUGUUUACUAUGGGAGGGUGAGAUUUGCAUUGACUCGUCAAGCGCCUGGCCAUUCUCUCAUUUACAGUCAACUUUAUCCUUUUGAAGGCCUUCAGAACUACACUUCUGGAAUUAUACACCACGUCCGUCUCACAGGGUUGCAGCCUGAUACAGUAUACUAUUAUAAAUGCGGAGAUCCUUCUAUACCAGCAAUGAGCAAUACGUUCUAUUUUAAGACAAUGCCUGUUUCUGGUCCAAUGAGUUAUCCAAAGAGGAUUGCAGUGGUGGGAGACACGGGCCUUACAUACAAUACCACUUCAACAAUUGGCCACUUGAUGAGAAACAGUCCUGAUCUUGUUCUAUUAGUCGGGGAUGUUACUUAUGCUAACUUAUAUCUCACAAAUGGUACUGGGUCCGACUGUUACUCUUGUUCAUUUGCAAACACUCCCAUUCAUGAGACGUAUCAGCCUCGUUGGGAUUAUUGGGGCAGGUUUAUGCAGCCUCUGGUGUCCAAAGUUCCAAUAAUGGUGGUAGAAGGAAACCAUGAACUAGAACUACAGGCUGGAAAUGUGACCUUUGCAGCUUACAGUUCUCGAUUUGCAUUCCCGUCCGAGGAAAGUGAAUCUCUGUCCACAUUCUAUUAUUCUUUCACUGCUGGGGGCAUACAUUGCAUAAUGCUUGGGGCCUACAUUGAUUACAAUAAAUUAGGAAAUCAAUACAAAUGGUUGGAGAGAGACCUUGCUAAAGUUGACAGAAAAGUGACUCCAUGGUUGGUAGCUACUUGGCAUCCACCUUGGUACAGCACCUACAAGGCACACUAUAGAGAGGCAGAGUGCAUGAAGGUAGCAAUGGAAGAACUCCUCUACAAAUAUGCUGUCGACUUGGUGUUUAAUGGACAUGUCCAUGCAUAUGAGAGGUCCAAUCGAGUAUAUAACUAUACCUUGGAUCCAUGUGGUCCUGUCUAUAUCACAGUUGGUGAUGGUGGUAACCGAGAAAAGAUGGCGAUACCUCAUGCUGAUGAAAUGGGUAAUUGUCCUGACCCAUCCACCACACCAGAUUUUAUGGGUGGAUUCUGUGCAUACAAUUUUACCUCAGGCCCAGCAGCCGGUAGGUUCUGUUGGGAUAGGCAGCCUGAUUACAGUGCGCUCAGGGAAACUAGCUUUGGCCAUGGGAUUCUAGAGGUGAAGAAUGAAACCCAUGCCCUAUGGUCAUGGUAUCGGAAUCAGGACAUGUACGACAUGGCUGGAGAUCAGAUCUACAUUGUAAGGCAACCUGAUAGGUGCCCAGUGGAAUGAAAGGGAAUCAGUAAACGUUAAUGAGUUCCAAUAAGUUGCAAGCAAAAUGCCCUGAAAGACAGACAUUAGAGAAUAUUUUGUAGCACGGAUGGUCAUGUAUCAGAGGUGCAUUUGGUUACUAUGGCCAUUACCUUCCACAUUCUUGGAUGCAUGGAUUAGUAACCAUUGAGCAAUUUGUAACAGAAAUAACCAAAAAAAAGUGUUUUAUAAGACUAUUAAAGUUCAAAAUAAAAAAUCCUCAUUUUCAGCCUUU